AUGCCUCAAAACUACUGUCAAUUUUCCGUUGCAGCCAAUGACAUCAAUACAAAUCCACUUUUACCUAAGGAUCGGUCAGAUGUAAAACAAGAUACGCCUCAUCAGGAUUCACAUGACUUCCAGGAUACCACUGACAAAACCUUGAGGUUCCUAAUUCUUGGAGACUGGGGUGGAACGGACCAUCACCCUUACACAGUACAUAACCAAUUGGCUGUGGCUCACCAGAUGAAGGAAACAGCUCGGUCAGAGAAACCAAAGUUUAUAUUAGCUCUUGGGGACAAUUUUUAUUAUAAUGGCGUUAAAAAUGUUGAAGAUCAUAGAUUUAAGGACACCUUUGAACAUGUAUAUACCGAUUCUUCAUUGUUUGUUCCUUGGUAUGUAAUAGCUGGUAAUCAUGAUUGGCGUGGUAAUGUUUCAGCCCAGAUUGCUUACACUAAGAAAUCUACUAGAUGGAAGUAUCCAUAUUAUUACUAUCCUCUUACAUUUACCAUUCCUGGAACCCAAGAUACCUUCGACAUUAUUAUGACAGAUUCUGAGAUUCUUUGUGGUCAUGUGAUGGAUGAUUUUCAUGACACAGAACCGGAAGAACCAAAUGAUUAUGACUUUGCCGAGAAUCAUUGGAGUUGGAUAGAAAGCCAUCUAGCGAAUUCCAAAGCUAAAUAUCUGUUUGUCGCUGGACAUUUUCCUAUUUACUCAAUAGCAGAACAUGGGCCUUCUAAAUGUUUAGUAAGUCGGUUACUGCCAAUGAUGUACAAAUACAAAGUCAAUGGUUAUUUCAACGGACAUGAUCACGAUCUACAGCAUCUUAGAACAGAAUUAAAUGGUCAUGUGAUAGAUUAUAUUGGAUCUGGAUCAGGCAGAUUUGUUAAUCCAAGUACAAAACAUCGUCAUUAUGUACCACGUGGAUCGUCAUUAUUUCAAUAUGGUGACACUCAUCAUCGUGGUGGAUUUGCUUUGGCUGAAAUCAAUUCGCAGAAAGCAACUUUUACCUUUAUUCGUGCUGAUGGUCAUAAAUUGUACGAAACACAUAACUAUGCCCGCAAUGUGUAA